AUGGCCGCCCUCGACACGGGCACCACCGCCUGCUACAUGCCAACGGCCGAUGUGAAGGCCUGCACCCUGCCCGUGGUCAAAGCCAAGCCGAGCUCAAGGGCCUGCAUUGUGGGCGAAGAGAUCUUGUUGGGAAUUAAAGGGAAGACCGUGAGGUUGAAGGGAUACACGACCGCGUGUGAUAAGAUCUGCAACUUCACUCUGGGCUACUCGUUCCUCCUCGACUCCAUGUGGGAUUUCCAGAAGCAGGCGGUGAUCCUGAGGUACGGCGCCAAAGACGCAGUCCUGGUAAGGUUCGUUUAUGCUAAGAAUCGGAGUGGGAAACGUGUCGCAAACGUCGCAGACGUCGCAGCCAACAUAGAAACCGCAGUCGCUGCAGCCACAGCAGCCGCCGCAACAGCCAAAGCAGCCGCAGCCGCCGCAGCCGCCGCAGCCACAAUAGUCGCCGCAGCCGCCGCAGACGCCGCAGCCGCCGUAUCCAUGGUAGAUGCCGCAGCCGACGCCCUGGUGAUUAAAGCAGCCACGAAGUUGCCGGCCUCCUCGCGAGCGGAGUGA